AUGCCAUCCAAUCUAUCAGGUAUCUAUCCACCAGAUUCUGUCAACGACGUAGCUCAUGGUCUUCCAAUCGAUAACCUAGGUCAAGGCGCCGCCGACCUUUUGGCAAGCGAUGUAGAAUACAGACUUCAUCUGAUAACUCAAGAAGCGAAGAAAUUCAUGGUUCAUGCCAAGCGUACUACGCUGACUUCGGACGAUGUGGAGUAUGCUAUGGAGGUUCUGAACUUGGAGCCAAUACUCGUACCACCACGUCCACUCCCUCAACCAACUUUCGCCCAAGUCCAAAUUCCAACAGUUUCUGGAAACUCCACACAUACUAUAUACUACGCCCCAGACGACGAGAUCGAUUUCGCUACUUAUCUCAAACAACCCCUCCCACCGGGUUUGGCCUCCUCGGCGGGGGUAAAGUGGAAAGCUCAUUGGUUAGCUGUAGAAGGUGUUCAACCUGCUAUACCUGAGAACCCUGCUCCCAGUGCUAGAGUGGAUUCUACAUCACCUCUCACACUACCUUCCACAGGCUCAGCAGCGCUUCGUCCAUCAGCUCGUUCUCACCUUCCUCAAGAACUCCAACUCUACUUCGGUCGAUUGACCGCCGCUAUAGUCCCUUCCACUUCACCACCUCCUUCGCCCGACGGUACCAUCUCAGAUGUCGAGCGUCAACGGCUGGCAGCUUUGGCUAGUCUCAGGGGAGAUCAGGCGGUGGGAGGUAUCCUGGUGUAUCUGGUCAAGUGGAUAGCGGAAAGCGUUCAGAAAUGUCUCAUGAGUCCAGUUCAGGUUCUGGGGUAUCUGUUAGAUGCGAUGGAAGCUUUGUUGGAUAACGAAGCUGUGUUCGUUGAGCCAUAUCUACACCAACUUCUCGCCCCUCUCAUGUCAAUACUCCUUACCGUACCACUCGGUCCUCACCCUCCAACCUCAUCCCAACAAAUCACAGCGGCUUACGAGACCCGACUGCGAGCCUCAGACGUCCUUCGCAAGAUAGUCGACGAUUAUUCCUCUUCAUACCCCAAUCUCACUCCCAGACUUCUCUCCACCCUCUCUCAGGCUCUCCAAUCGGAUCCGUUCCCGUCUCCCCUAGGCGCGAACCAUCCUCCCGCAGGAAGAUACGAAGGUGCUCUCCUCGGUAUAUCAGCUCUUGGUUCUCAUGCUGUCAGAACUUGUCUCUGGGGUGAAGACGUACCAAGAGCUCUUCAAAGAUUAGAUGAUCUCGCUUCGAGACUGUACCCCACUGAAGGUCGUAAAGGUAAAAGUGGGUUGAUGAAAGCCGCUAUCAAAGCGAUGGGUAGUAUGAUAGGACCUAAACCGGAGAAUUUCACAGGCGGAUCGAUGAGAGGGGAGGAGAUCGUGAAUGUAUUUGGGUCGAAUUGGAGCAGGGUAUUGGAGAAAAGACCUUGGUUGGGUAGUGAGAUGAUGAGGAUGUAUAAGGAACGACGGGAAGGGAUGGAUGUGGAUGGGGUAGGGGUGUAGGGUUGCCGGACGUCAAGCGAGAUUGGGAUGAGAGAUGAGAGAUGUAUCUGUUGUCAUAUCA